CUGCUUUGCGCUUCAUCAACACAACACGAUACCUGUCCAACACGAGUCUGCAAGGAAAUAGAGCCUCUCGCAACCCGAGAUACUAUGAACGUCCAAUACAACUCGGCCCUGCGCCAGAGCAAGGCCAUCCGCAACGACCUCGAAAAGCUGUCCUCGUCCGCCGCCCAGCCCGCCGCCCUGACCCCCUCCGAGAUCGGCAACGUGUCCGCUUCCCUCGCCUCCUUCUCCAAGACCGUCGACGAGUACAACCAACUCGCCCGCCAAGAGCUCGUUCCCAAGAAGCAGCAGGAGGCAUUCGAGCGUGUGAAGCGCUUCCGCGAAGACCUCGCCGAUUUCCGUUCCCAGGUCGACAACCUCAAGAAGGCUCGCGAGGAUGCCGCGCACAACAGCAACCGAGGCGAGCUGCUCGGCCGCAGAGCCUACGUCACCGCGACCCCCGAGAACCCCUAUGCCAACGUGAACAAGGGGUCGUCGACAUUUCACAGCCGAGGCGCCUCGACGGGCCAGGCCGGCGCAGGUGGUUUGAGUAUGGGAGGCAACGAUGUCACGAGGGAACAGCACGCCCUGCGCGAACAGAAUUUCUUUGCCCAGACGAACUCGGCUCUCGACGACUAUAUCGCACGUGGGCAAGCAGUGCUCGGCGACUUGGGCACACAGCGGGAAAUGCUGAAGAACACGCAGAAGAGGCUAUACUCGGUCGGCAACACCCUAGGCAUCUCAGGGGACACCAUCCGCAUGAUCGAGCGUCGUGCCAAGGAGGACAAGUGGAUAUUCUGGGCUGGCGUCGUCGUCUUUUUCCUCUUCUGCUGGUUGGUCAUACACUACUUGCGAUGA